AUGAACUCAUUUUCGUGGAAGAUAAAAUUACUACUUCUCCUACCCUUUAUGGUAGCUGUUACCGCUGAUGGUAUUAUAAUUACAUUUUUAAAAAUUAAAAUCAAACUAAUUAGAAUAGAUUUCCGAGUAGGAAAAUGUGACUCUCAGCGAUAUCCAGCCUCUUGGUUACUAACAUCAGCAACUGGUAUUACUAAUUGGGCAACUGCUAGUUAUCCUCUUGGAGGAAAAAAUUUCUGUUUAGAGGGAAACCAUACUGAGAAAACUGUAAAAGUUGCUUAUCAUGUUGACACCCAAGCUGAACUUGUUUCCAGAACUAUUGAGUUAACUUCUGAUAAUCCAAACAAUCUAUGUGUCACUGAUGAUCCCCGUAUCCAAUACUGUUUUGCAUUUUGUGAGGAGGAACGACAGAAACAGGUGAUCAAUAAUGCCUUAGCAUCCGGUAAUUUGACUGUGGUGGCAAGCAAAAUUGCUCGCGAUGUUCACGACCGACAAUAUGCAGUAACAGUUCUCGAUGUGGACUACAACGACCCGAAUACCAGACUCAAUGUGUCAGUAUUUUUGGAUGCAGCUUGGUGUUCCGUGUACAUUGGCAUCAAUCCCAAUGAAGGAACUCCAUACUUAUACGAGAUACAAGUCGCAAAGAUUCUGAUUCUUUGA